GUCACAACUGUCUCUGUCACCUGUCACUAUGUCGAUCAUUUUGGUAAUUCUAUUUACCGAUCGUACAGAAUCUAAUUUGAUUUAAAAAGUAACCGGGGAUUUUCGAAUAUUCUCUAAAAGUUUUAUAAAAUCAAUUAAAUUGUUUUUCGAUUUUUUUUGUGGGAAUAAAGUCAUACGCGUUUGUGUUUAUUUUUUAAUUUUAAGUGAUGUCGCAUAUUGGUGGAAAAGCAUCAGAACUUCAGUACAUUCUUAAUGAUACCGAAUUUAUGGUAGACUCAUCUGAUUUAAAAGCUGGAUCAAUGAACGAUAUUAUUUAUACAGAUGGAAACCAAGCAUUUGUAGUAAAUGGUCAUUUAUUGCAAGGAGCAGGUGAUUCACCACCAACGCUUGUAUUACAGGAAGGAGAGGAUAUUGGUCAAUAUUUAAUUAAUGAUGAUAAAGGUGAAUUAUUAAUAGCCAAUAUUCAAAAUGGUUCAAUUGACCGACAACAAGAAACCCAACAAAUUAUACAAUAUGUAGAUGAAGAUGGGAAUAUUACAGAUCCACCUGAAAUUGUAUUUAUCAAUGAUGAUGAUGAUGAUGGAAUUGCUUCUACUCAAGAAAACUGUACACAAUACCAACUAGCUGAAUUAAUAGAUGAUAAUGUUUUACAAGAUGAUGAGGAAGAAACAGCUAGAAAUGUAGAUAUUAAUAAUUUAACACAGCAACAAAAUGAUGGUGGUGCUUUAGAAUUAAAUGCUGCAGAUUGGUAUCAAUACAGUGUCGUAAGAGACGACAAUCUACAUCACUAUGCAAUACCAUCUUCAAACCUUUACCAGAAAAACCUCACUACUAACAGCGCCGAUCUUGAGUUAGAUGUCUCUACAAUCACAGGCAAAAACCUACUUACUGGCCAAGUCGUCACUUUAGAUGGGUACAUGGAUAAACUUCAAAGGAAAAUCAAAUCAGUAUCUAAAAAUUCAAUAGCUUGGCAAAGACCUAAACACAAUUUGAAUGCAUUUUUGAAUAAAAAAUUCAAUUUAGGUCUUACUGUUGGUGGUAGACCACUUGUAGGUAAAAUAGUAUAUGUUGGUAAUAAAGAACUAGAGGAAGUGGCUCAACAAGACACUGAAAUUAUUGUUGGAGAAAACAACAAAAUUGAUGAGAAUGAAAUUACUGAUACAGGUGUACCUGACUCAAUUUUAGAAACUUUUUCAAAUAACUGUGACCCCAAAACUGACCAAAUGCACAUUCAGACAAAGUUACUUUCCAAAAAGUCUAAUCAGUUCCAAAAAAUAUCAAAAAUUCUAUCAGAUCUCAUGAACAUGGUAGAUGUUAAUAAACAAUUGCAACAAAGAAGUAUCCGUAUAAAAAUAAUAGAUAAAUAUUGCAAUACUCCUAAAAAGGUUAAUCAGCAUGUUUCUUUUAUUAGUGGUUAUAUGGAAUUAAAAAAGGAAAGUACUGAUAACAAUGAAGAGGAAGAAGAGUGGAGCUUUGUACCCGACACUCUUAAAGCUGAUAAAAUAUCACAAAAGAAGUAUCCUAACAACAUCAAUCUAACAAUAAUGACAACAUUUCAAAACAAUCAAAGUUUGGUACAGGUCAUUUUUGAUGAGUCAAAAGAGCAGAAGUGCAUUCAUUGUAGCAAACUAUUCAAAAAUGAGCAACUGUUGUUUUGGCACCUGAAUGAUAUCCAUAACCAAUGCGAGUCUUGUAAAAAAUUAUUUGAUAGUUUUGAAGAAUUAAUGCAACACAAAAAGUUAAAACAUCCCCAUUUAGGAGAAGGGAAAACUUGUCCAGUUAGAAGAUGUAAAAAAAGUUUCAGGAAGGAAUCAGCAUUGAAAAAGCAUUUUGCUGUACAUAAGUUGGAUGGGUUCAAGUGUCCCACAUGCCCCUACAGUGGAAUAAGUGAAGAAGACCUUAAAAUUCACUCCCAAAACCAUGCAAACAGUUGUGAUAUUUGUGGUGAGAUGUUUGUAAAUGAAAACAAACUUAACCUACAUAAAAGGACACAUUCAAAAAGCGAAUUAAGUGUUUUUAAAAAAAUACAAUCAACGAAAUACUACUCUUGUGAUAUUUGCAAACGUACAUUUUCUAGGCAGUCCAAUCUUCAAAGGCAUAUUGAUAUACAUAAAGGGGCAGAGCAACUUUUUAGAUGUGCCAUUUGUGAAUGUUCUUAUCAUUAUAUAUCAUCGCUAACUAGACACAUUGUCCAGAAUCAUGUACAAACGCAGAGGCCAAAUUUUGUACAGGGCUCAGAUGGAAUUGAAGUUAACAUCUAGUCAUUAAAGUGAAAAGAGCUGAUUUUAUAUGAAAUCAAUCAUGAGAAAUAUAUUCCAUAUCCCUGCAGAUAUACUUUAUUGUUCCUGUCCACAAGUUCUGCAAUUUUAAAGAAGAUA